CACCACGUGCUGAAAGGACCGGCAACUGCCCCAGUGCAUGCUGGUCAUUUCGUCAUAACCUACUUCCGAAAACAUUUACAGCUUUCUGGCUGGACUACAAGUAUCACAUUCCGUAAAUGAAUGAUUUUAAAAAUUAAAAUGCAUUUUAUAAAUGUCGUAGUGAGGCAAUAAGACGAGUUUAUGAAGAGCUUUUCUUCUCCAUGAGUUGCGUUUGUUGAUAUACAGCUUAGCAAGACAGCUAAAGGAUUAGCUUACUCUUUGUUUUUAUAAACAAGAUUAUUAAGUCGUUUUGUUGUCCUUUGAUGCCAUUUUGUCUUAUGCCAGUUAGUUUACAACAAAAAUAGGCAAACCUUGAGAAAUUUAGACCAAGUCAAACUGAACUUUUUUUUUUUUUUUUUCUAAUUAAAGCCGCUUGGACCUACAUAAGACAGUCCGGAUACAUCUGGAGGACGCAAUGAUAUGAUAUGUCCUGGAAAAGGCACUUUUAACAGGGUCUUGACCUUGUUAGGUUAAAAUGGGGGCAUGUGUGAGGUUUUUAUGUUGUGAGGGUCUGCGGAUAGCCUCUACGACAUGUUGGACUCGUGGACUACUGAAGGGCUCAAGAUCACCUCUGAGCCGUGCUCUCUGUGCUCAUCAUUCAUGGACAUGCAGACAUGUUCCUCCAGAGACAACACGACUAACCUACACACCCAGCCACAGCACCCUCCUCUGUCGUGGCAGUGUUACAGACUCUUCACAUGCAGCUCUGUCCAGUGUGGCCCCUGUCUUUAUAGUGAUGAAAUUCGAUCCUGACGGGAAUGUUACUUCAUUUGAGAAAAAGAAAACCGAGCUUUAUCAGGAACUUGGGUUGCAGGCAAGAGACCUGAGAUUCCAACACCUCACCAGUAUCACAUCACGAAAUAACGCAAUCAUCAUUCGCAUGGAGUCCCUAAAAGCAGUAGUAACUCCAGAGUGCCUGCUGGUGUUGGAUUUCCGUGGGCUUGGUUUGGAGAAGUGGCUGGUUUUGGAGCUGGGGCCACAGUUAGCAGGAGAUGGUGCUCUGGCCACAUAUUCUCUACCCUUCGAGUUUAGAGCCUUGGAGGCCAUUCUACAACACAGGAUAAACACCCUCCAGGCAAGGCUAAAUGAGGUUCAGCCCCAGAUUUUAGACUGCCUCGAGUCAUUAGUGGAUCCCAAACUUCUAUCUGCAGACCGCAGUAAACUGCACAUGCUUCUCCUCAACAGUAAGAGUCUCUCUGAACUCGAGACUGACAUUAAAGUAUUUAAGGAUAGCCUGCUGAAGAUUCUGGAUGAGGAUGAGCUGAUCGAGGAACUGUGUCUCACCAAAUGGACUGACCCCCGUGUGUUUGAGGAGAGUAGUUUGGGCCUAGAUCAUGCUCAUGAGAUGGAGUUACUCCUGGAGAACUAUUUCAUGCAGGCAGAGGAGCUGGGAAACAAAACUCGAGAGCUGAAAGGGCUCAUCGACGACUCGGAGAGCGUCAUCUUCAUCAACCUGGACAGUCAUCGAAAUGUGAUGAUGCGCCUGAACCUCCAGCUCACCAUGGGAACCUUCUCCCUUUCCUUAUUUGGUCUGAUGGGAGUGGCCUUUGGCAUGAAUCUGAUGUCUUCAUUUGAAGAGGAUCCACGUGCAUUCUGGCUAGUGACAGGAGUCAUGUUCCUAGGCAGUGGACUCAUCUGGAGGCGACUGCUUUCUUUCCUGGGACGACACUUAGAGCCCAGCUCUCCUCCUCCAAUCCCCCCUGUUUGGAGGAAAAGCCAACUCAGCACCUUAAAAGGCACAGAUCUAAAACCUGGAGUUAGAUGAUAAUAUAAUGUGACUCUCCCUGUUGUUCCCUCUGUUUUCCUGUGUGCAGUAAAUCUAUUGUAAACUGAUAUUAUAUUGUGCUUUUAAUUGCAGUGAAAAGUUUUCACUUAAAAAGCAACAGGCCACAGAAUUGACACACUUCCUAUUAUGAAUGGCUCUAAGCGUCAUUCUUAAGCGACAACAUCUUAAGCAUUGAAGACAGAAAGCAGUCUGAUUUUUACCCACUAUAUUUAUAACCAGGAAUUUUAACAUUGAGUUUAAUUGUUGGUAAGUCACUUAUAAUUAUGAUGUUAUGAACACACUGUGCAUACCUCUUAUUGGUUUUAAGCUGUGUUAAUCUUAAUUAGGUUAGCCCUUAAAUACCUAUGUUACUGGUUCCAUAUGCUUUAAAUAAUAGAUCACUCAUGCUGAUGGGUACAUAACUUGAAAUAAAGAGUUUCCGUAUAAGUUA